AUGGGGAGAAUUACCUAUUUAUUGGUUUCGGUCGUGCAUGCCGUGCACAAGAGAAACCGAUUGCCUUUGCAGAAGGAUGAAAGCAACGAUGCCUCUGUGGUACCAAGUCUUGGUACCAUAGAUUGGACGCAUUGGAGUUUGCCCCUUAUGCCAACGGAUAUGUACCAGUCUGCAAAAAUCGAUAGAAAGUCUCCCCACCCAUCAUCUAGUCGGAACGAUCAGGAAGCAGCCAUCUACACAUCCGUGACACAUAUGAAGAUUGACCCUAAAUCGUUCUUGGUACAGUCCGGCAUUGACCUUCCGAAUCGCGUUGCGAAAUCCGGGGUUAUCUCCUUCGGCGCAGAGGCCGGCUUGAAGCCGUCAAGCGCCAAACACUCGGAAGCGGAUUACGACCUUGAUGCGAUGAAUCUGGCACUCGGCACACUCUGGCAGGCUGAUACGUUUUCGGGUACAGGAUUUACUUUCCUGGCCGACUAUUGUGGUAUCUUUCAAAGUACUGAGAGAAGAGUACCACGCGGCAGUAGUGACGACAAGAACACCAUAUGCAAAGACCGCGGACGUCAUAACUUCGAAAAGGAGAUAUUCGGAGCUGCCUACUUCUACUUUGACAAGUGGACCGGAUACCUGCUUUUUGUCUCAUGUCUUACGCCGUGA